GCCACCUGAGAGUGUAAGCAGGAAGUGGAACAUGCUAUGUUUCAUAGCUCUGGGGCAAUGACACGAGCAGUGGGUUAGGUAUCAGGGUCUUGUGUUCAUCCUGGUUCUAUCUCUGAUUAAGAACCCAGCUAUUGGCAACUCAGGUGGUGAUGGUGCUUGUGGAUGUAGUGGUGGCGGUGGUGAAGGUAGUGGUUGAAGUGAUGGUGGUGACAAAGGUGGUGGUGAUGGUGCUGGUGAUGGUAGUGGUGGUGAUGGUGAUGGUGGUGGUGGUGGUGGUGAUAAUGGUGGUAGUGGUGGUGGUGGUGGUGGUAAUGGUGGUGAUAGUGGUGAUGGUGAUGGUGGUGGAGGUAAUGGUGGUGAUGGUGAUGGUGGUGGUGGUAGUGGUAAUGGUGGUGGUGGUUGUGGUAUUGAUGGUCAUUGUGGUGGUGGUGGUGAUAGUGAUGGUGGUGAUAGCAGUGGUGGUGGUGGUGGUGAUGGUGGUGAUGGUGAUGGUAAUGGAGGUGGUGGUGAUGGUGAUGUUGUUGGUUAUGGUAGUGGUGGUGGUGAUGAAGGUGGUCAUGAUGAUGGUGGUAAUGGAAGUGGUGAUGGUGAUGGUAAUGGUGGUUAUGGUGGUAAUGAUGGUGACAGUGGUGAUGGUGGUGGUGGUGGUGGUGGUAAUAUGGUGGUGUUGUGGUAUUGAUGGUCACUGUGGUGGUGGUGGUGGUGGUGAUAGUGGUGAUGGUGAUGGUGGUGGUGGUGGUAAUAUGGUGGUGUUGUGGUAUUGAUGGUCACUGUGGUGGUGGUGGUGGUGAUAGUGAUGGUGGUGAUGGUGG